GUUCUUUUACGUACAAGGGAACAGGGCUAGGACGGGAACGCACUACAAAUCCCAGAUUGCAGUGCUCUCGCUCUCCCUCUAGUGGUCACUUUAAACCCCCCGACAGAUAAACACAAGAAGGCUUGUGCUGCUGGAAGGAUGCCCAGGCUGAAACUUGUCCUGAAGAAGACAUCAAAAAGCAAAGCUUCUGGCAAAUGGAUUAUCAAGGAUAAGUGGCCACUAAAGAAAUCUUCUUCGAAUGUGGCCCAUCGAAGCCAAAAGGCUCCUGCUCGCUUUGAAGAAGUUGCUGUCUAUUUCACAGAAUCGGAAUGGAGAUGUUUAGAAGAAGGACAGAAGGAGAUUUACAAAGAAGUGAUGCUGGAGAAUUAUCUGGCAUUCCAUUCACUGGGUUAUCGACACAAAAAGCCAGACAUAAUAUCUAAAAUCGAGAACGAGAAAGAUCCAUGUUUAUCGGACAAGAAGAAUACUCAGAAGUCAUUCCAUUCUGAUGCCACAUGUGAAACAGAUGAAUCGUGUACAUCCCUGUUCACACAAGAUGGUUUCUCUGUGGAAGGUCUAAGACUUGUCCAAGAUGCUGAAGAGGACAAGCAGGUGUCAUUGAAGGACCCAUCGUUUGCGAUGGAGAGUAUAUGUGUGACACGUCCAUAUAAUCUUAGAGGCAAUGCUUCCAUUGAUUACUCUGGUUUCUAUGAUAAUGAGCUGGCGGCGACUAGAGCGCUUAGACCACACAAGAAGCUUCAAAAUAAAAAGAUAAGCAACGAAACAUAUAAACACCUGCGAAAGAAGAGAGAUGGGCUCUAUGUCUGUUCAGAAUGUGGGAAAACGUACACUCAGAAGUCCUAUCUUGUUAAGCAUCACAAAGUACACACUGGUAUUUCACUCUUUGUUUGUGCUCAGUGUGACAAAUGCUUUACCCACCGUUCAAAUCUAAUAAGACACAAAAAAAUCCAUGUAGUGAAAAGACCGUUUAAUUGUUCAGACUGUGGGAAAGGAUUCACUGACAACUCAACGCUACUUAAACACCAGAGGAUACACACUGGGGAGAAACCUUAUACAUGUUCUGAAUGUGGGAAAAGGUUUAGCAUCAGCACCUACCUUAUUGUGCACCAGAGAACUCACACUGGAGAAAAACCUUACGAGUGCAGUGACUGUGGCAAAAACUUUUCUCAGAGCGCACACCUUGUUACACACCAAAGGACACAUACUGGUGAAAAACCCUAUGCUUGCAUCGAAUGUACAAAAAGCUUUACUUCCAGUUCCCAUCUCACCACUCAUCAAAGAACUCACACAGGAGAGAGGCCCUACCCAUGCUUGGAGUGUGGAAAAAACUUUAAGCAUAGCACCCAUCUUGUACUGCACAGGAGAACACACACAGGAGAGAAGCCAUUUCCCUGCACUAAAUGUCCACGAAUGUUUGCACAGAGGCCCCAGCUUUUGAAACACUUGCAGAAAGUUCAUUCAGAUGACUGGGACAUGUAAAUCACAGGACAAAAGUCCUUCUUUUUAUUGCUUCGACCAGAGGGGACCAGUUUUAUUUUGAAUUGAAGCUUGAUAUAGGGCAAGCUUUUUCUGUGUUACGACAUCUCUUCUAGUAAGGAAUAUACAUGGGCUCUGUGUUUUUGACAGGCCUUUCAACAUCAGGUUCUUUAAAGAUUAACAUUAUGUGCCAGUCAGGUUAGCCUCAGAGUCCAUCAGAGCAGGUUCAUGUGAUGUCACAUGCAUGCGCCAAAUUCAAGUGUGACCUGCCCUCUCCCCCAGAUUUUCUAAUGAAACAUGACAUUAUUCCAAUUGAAAACAAAAAAGAUCUGUUCGCUAGCAACACUGGAUGAUCAUUAAAUUUUGUAUUUUUUGCUUUUUUAAAUAUAAUAAUUUAAAUGCAUGUGGGCAAUGCUGAGGGGUCAGUCACUAAAACUCAAAUUUUUCUCAUAGUUUCAAAAAAAAAAAAACUGGACCAAACUCCCAUCCGAGAUUUUACCUUGCUUAAUAAAAUAACUCGAAAAAUUUGUUUCAGGAAAAGUCUGUGAAAAAAACUUGAAUCGUACAAAUUUUUCGGAUUUGACUCCUGAAUCGUUCAAAUUUUUCAAGUUAUUAACUGAAAACCCCAAAUUUUUCGGUUAAUCACAUGAAACCCAACGCAGACCACAAAAUCUUCAAAUUGGAAAAAGGACAUCUGCGUUUGACUUCUACAGGACUUCAACAGAUUUGAGAUGAACUAUUUUCGGAUUUGGACUUUUAGCAGCCUUGGGGGUAUAAUAAAUAGCUUUGAAGAAAAAAUCCCUGUGUGCACCAGCAUUUACUUUUCUAUAUUGUGGAACUUCUGGGAGCACCAGGUUAUGUGACUGAACUAUAAGUAUGUACAAUAGUCUUGGAAUAUAUAUAAAUAGCUUUGGGGGUAUUAAAAAAAAAUUGUUUUUUUUCUAAAAAUGUGAGGGUUUUUUUCCUCGAUAAAAAUUGUCUUUUCCACUUUAAAAAGCCCGACCAGAAAAAUUUGAGCUUUAAUAAAUACCCCUUAGUGUGGGAGGUAAUGCAGCAAGGAUCCAGCUAAAUUAAAAUGUAUUUGAAUAAGGCAACAGGGAAUUACAUACAGUAUAACUAAAAUUGCAGGACUGACUAAAUAAAGCUGAUAUUGUGUGACUGAAGCUACAAGCCGUACAGCUGAAUCUGGAAAGAGAAUAUAUGAGGACUUAUGAACUAGGGGAAGGGAGGAGUUCUGUUGGAUAAGAAAGUAGACCCAAUGAAGGACAAAAUAUUCUGCAGAAAGAAUAGAGGAAAGCAAAGGUGUCUCAAAGAUGACAUUAUUGGGAGGCAGAUGAAUAGGGGAGCCAGAACCAAGGAAGAGGAGUCUAAAGAACUUUUAUCAGUCAUAGGGGAGGUGUGAUAAUGAUUUCUUAGCUAUACAGAGAUAUUUUAAAAGGGUUAAAGGGAAGGUCACACUUGACUUGGCACAUCGAGGAAGUCCUAAAAAAAAAACUCUGUAAAGGCGACUGUUCUCUUAUCUACACUUCCCGUCUAUACAUUCCACAGGUUGCACCAAUAUUUCGCUGAUCUUCUGGAUGAAGAAGAGAGGAUCCAAAGUGGACUGCAGUGGGGAGUUACUUGACCCUUUUUUAUCCUGCAGGAAUAUCUAUUCAAUUGAAUUCUUAGUGAAGCUUAUCAUGCGGAACAUAAAUGAAGUUCUUUGUUGAUUUGUAUGUAUGUCAUAACCAGUCCACUUGUGGCAGUACAUUACUUUUUUUGUUCCUUGUUUAUGGGCAUUUAAUGUGUCCGUCAGGUAUAUGAUGCAUCACGUCAUAACAUAAUAUCGGUGACCUUUUCACACUGCAGACAUCCGGUAUCAGUAACGCCCAAAAACAAAAUUACACGUAUGCAAAAUUAGAACUUUAUUGAGCAUUUCCAGAAAUUUGGCAUCAACUGUAAAACAGCCAAUGUUGUUUUAUUUAGAAAAAAUUGUCUAGUUUUGAAUAUAUAUUAUUAGAUUAUUUUUUUUUUGUUAAAAGAAGGUUCUGUUACUGCGUUGGGGGGUCUUUUAUAGAAAAGUCUAAUUUUAGGAAGUAGCAAGCAUGUUUGAUGGGGCUGUUGAUGCAACUGGAUUAUUUUCAUUUUUAGGGGGGGCCUGUUACUCAUAAAAUAAGUUUACAUUCCAAGCAAGUCCAUGUGUUUUGUUGCAGUGACCUCUCGGAAGAUGUUGCAGUGAUAUCAUUCUGUGUCUCGUUCAGGUGUUUACAUGCUGCAAACUGACAUAAAUGUGUCCAUUAUAUUUGUCUCUUGUGAAGACAAUGUGUUUAUAUGUAUCCUACCUCACAUGAAGAAAAAGAGCAUAAAAUGGUAAAGCAACACUAAUAAAAAAAAAUCCAAACAUUUUACCACUACUGCACAAAACUAA